AUGGAAGACAAUCGUUCAUCUAUUGGCUCCUCAAUCAGUGUCCGAGAAAGAGCUGCAGCAAUCAACAUUGCUCUUACAGAAGAACAAAGAAAUAAAAACCAUCAACGAAAAGCUAGGUCUACUGCUUCUCGUGCACCAUGGAGAGGUGUUGGAGCCUCGGGAACAACGUCUCGUUUAAACAAUAGUACUCUAAAUUCGAAUAAUGAAAGAAAUACUUUAUAUCGUACUUCACAAGCUACUAGACCUUCCGCCUCACAUAUUCGCGAAGCAAGGCAUGGGAGUAGUGCUAUUCGGAUUGAUACAAGAACUCAUCGAGCAGAAUAUUUCCCUUAUCAGAAGCCAACUCUUGCUUCUGCAAACCACGUCAAUACGAUAGAUAGAUGGGCAAAUCACAGUGGAAAGAGUUCUAGAUUUUCAAUAGCAAGAAAUAGUGAUACUGCCUUUCAAACCUCUCGACAAGCCCUUUCUUCGAGCUCUCUGGCAACAAAACCAUUUGAGCUUUCAUCCGGAUCAGAUGCUUAUAAAAUGCGGAGAAUGCGGGAUUCUGACGAUCAGGACACUUUAUCUUCUAGAGAAUCUUCCGUUCAAGGUCGACACGAUUGUCAUCCCACUUUAGAAAAUCAAAGGAAACGAAAAUUGGGUACAGAAGAAGACGACAGGGAUAUAAUUAAAAGAUAUGACAAUAAACGACCAAAAUCCAGUACUAGAUAUUCGCAGCCAUCUAAUACAAGCACAGUCAGCGCACAUAUACGAAGAUCAGACCAAGAAAGUACAUUACGCAAUAGUAAUGAAGUGUCUCGAAAUAGUGAUAUUGCCUCUCUGUACGCACGAUGCUUACAAUACCAAUACAUAUUGAUUGGAAACCAAAAGGCUAUUGAAGCCCAAAAACAGGCAGCUGAGUCAGAGCUGUGGCAAGGAUACAAAGCAGUGGAAAAGAUACAGAGAUUGACAGAAAAUAAUAAGAGACGUAAUAGUGUGAUGCCUAGCAUUCAUGGAUCCAAGGCUGUGCAUGACUCACAGAAAAAGCUAUUUGAAGAAAUUGAUACACGGCUUGAAGCCUUUGCGUCCAUCUAUGAUAAAUUUGAAAUUGUUCUUUCACAAGGAGAAUCAAAAAAUUCACCGGAAAUAGGAAAGUCGUUUGAAGAAGAACGACAAAACUACACUGAGUAUGUGGAAGAUCUUGGUGGUAUACUUCGCGACAUAAUUCAAUGCGUUGAGUCUAUGCAGGGGCCAGAAUAUGAGCCUUCUGAUACUAUGCUGGGAUAUGUAAAGUUAUUGAUUGAAUGCAAGCAAAUCAUGGAUCAAUUGGUACAAGUAGAAGUUGAGCACAGAAGCUUGUCUGCCCUCUUAUCACGGAACCCAAGCUGUUGA